UUUCUGUUCACCGUCUUGUACGUAAUUUCUUGAAAUUCUACGGAAAAUCCUCUGAAAUUGACCAUAGGUAAGCAUUGCCGUACCGAACCUUAUCAACAUACGCUGUACAAUAUUUUAGUAUUGGUGCUUCUCAACUUUGAACCAAAAUGGGACACUAUAGGCAAAUUUGGCCACCCAAAGAAGCACUAGUAGUUGACUUCCGAGGGAUUUAUUAGUGGUCUAAUCAUAAUAUUAUGUAAAAAACUAAAACAAUAAAAAAAAAACCAUGAAUCCAUGACACACUAUCAAAUUUCAAUCAAGCUUAUCGUCAUUUCACGCCUUCAACAAAGACUUUUUUUUUUCCUUUUUUUUUUCUUUUUGGUUUAUGUUUCCAAGCCUAGAAAACAAUGAAGACUAGUUGCAUGAGCGUGGUUCUUAUUCUCUUGACACCUCUAAUCCUUUCAUGGGAUGGUGAUUCUGCAUCCGAACCAGUCCUAGACAUAACGGGUAAGAACCUUCGAACAGGUAUCGAUUACCUUGUUCUUCCAUCUAUCAAAAACAAUAGCAAUGGCGGCGGUGGUGGGGGACUUGCCCUUGCCAGUGCUAGAAACAGAACAUGCCCAUUUGAUGUUGUCGACAGUUACCGUGCCAUGCCACUGAAAUUUGCACCCUCUGAUUCCAAAGAAGGUGUUAUCAGAGUCUCCACCGAUUUGAACAUCAAGUUCUCCGCUGCAACAACUUGCGUUCAAUCCACAGUGUGGAAGCUGGACCAAUUUGAUGGAUCAAGAGGCUUAUAUUUCGUGACCACUGGUGGAGUUGAAGGCAAUCCGGGGCGCGAAACUGUGAGCAACUGGUUCGAAAUUCAGAAAUAUGGAAGUAACUACAAUUUUUUGUUCUGUCCUAAAGUCUGCAAAUAUUGCAAAGUUAUGUGCAGGGACCUUGGGAUUUAUGUUGAUGGCGAUGGGAAUAGGCAUCUUGCACUCAGUGAUAUGCCAUUUGGAGUUAGAUUCCGAAAGGCCUGAGAACUGACAAGGAUGAAGCUUCCUCCAAUUAUUAAUGGGGAGAUUAUUUAUGUUUACAAAGUUGUUCGAAUUCGAAUUGUUCGUCAAUAAAUAAUGCUUUGUUAUUUUUAGUGGCUGGUUGUAUCUUUAUGACCUCGAUUA